AUGGAGAGGGAGUGGGAGAGGAGUCAUAAUCAAUUCCACACGAUAGGUUAUCUUGAUGGCCUUAUUGCUGGGGAGGAGGCGGAUGUUCAAGAGGGGUUUAAUAUUGGCUUUAAGGACUCCGUUUUAACCAGAUACAACUGGGGUUUUGUCAGAGGAAUCACCAGGGCUAUGUCGUGCUUGUCUGAUGGGUUAAAGGAAAAUUUGGUCGAAAAAGAGGAAACAAGAUGCGAGUUUCGGAAAUUGCAUGAAGAUGUGCAGUCUCUUUCGACAAUGGAUGCUUUGAAACUGUUUAAUGAAGACCAUAAAAGGAAAUCACACAGUCGGAAAGAAAUUGGAAAUCCGGGGCCCACAGAGGCAGUUUCAAAUUAUCAAAGUUUGGAUAUUGGUGUUGUCGAGAAUUACAAUGGACAACUUCAGUCACUGCUCUGUGAGUUCUCCAUGGCUGAGAAGAUUGUUUUUCAGUGA